AUGGAAGACGCGGAGCCACACCCAGCGCGCGCCGUCGCGGCCGCCGUCCUCGCCGUACUGUCCGGCGCGUUCGAUCUCAUCGCCCGCGUCGUCCUCUCGCUCUGGGCCGUCCCCUGGCGCUGGCUGCUCUCGCAGCUCGUCCGCGUCAUUGCGCUGCCUCUUCGGCUCGUCUGGCUGCCGCUGUCGUACGUUGCGAGCUUCCUGCGCGUGCUCUUCGCGCCGGCACUGUACGUUGCGUCGUACGCCCUCUCAUGCGUCAAUGCGUUCAUCGCGUUCGUCUUUGGCGCAGCUGCAGGCCUCGGCAUCUUUGCUGGCAUUGCACUCGCCAUCACUUCUUCCAUCAUCACCUCGCACUUGGGCAUGCACGACGAAGAACCAGAGAAAGACGAGACAUCAUUAGACAAAUACGAACAACUCAAGCCAGGCCGCCGCGACAUAACCCCCGCCGUCCUAGAGACGGAUUGGUAUUGGACCGAGUCCUCGCCUUCAGGGCGCCGGCGGCCUGGGUUGCUAUCACAGACGAUCCACGAGGAGGAUGACGAUUCAGACUUGUAG